UGUCAGGUGUUUGCAGUCAUUCUGAGUUAGGAGUUCGAGGAGGAAGGAGCUUGCUCUUUAUUCCUUGUUCUUUUGACUCAAUUUUUUGAAAAAUGACCGAUCAAAAUAUAUUUUUAAAUAAUUUUUCAUAUACAAAAUGGAUCAUUACCCUAUUAUUAGGCUUCUCUGCGGGAGUUUUGGACGUCAGCUUUUUUUAUAUAAUUAUGGGAAUAGUGAUGUGGAUCUUGUACAGAUGCUGGAAGCCAAGUACUGAGCCAUCAGCAAUAAAGUGUCAGGACAAAGCCAAGGAACAGGCAAAGGUCCCACACAAGGUCACUGACCGAGAGUUUGAGAGACUCCGGUACCUGCAAGUGUUAGUGAACAAUUCGUGGCCGUACAUAACAAAAUAUCUGGAGAAAUUACUAAGAUGGAGAAUUCAGCCGCUGAUCAGAUCCCGAUUUAAAUAUUUAACCAAUUUUCACUUCUUUGAUAUUGAUUUUGGCAAUAAGGCUCCACAGGUGACUCACAUGAGAGUUCAGUCUGAUCCAGAGAAGAAGCAGAUUCUCCUGGAUCUCAAAAUCAGUCUCAACGCAGCGGUGAUGGUUAAUGUUGGAAUAUCUAAGACUAUCAUGGCCGGAGUGAAGUCUGUGAAGCUGGAGGGAACAUUACGAAUAAUUCUGGCUCCGCUGAUACCAGACGUGCCCUUUACUGAAGCCGUGAACAUUUACUUCCCUCGGCGGCCGGUGUUACAUCUACAGUGGACAGGACUCACCAACCUGCUUAAUAUUCCCGGUCUUCACACCAUGACAGAAAGAAUGAUUGUGGAUCAAAUUGCCAACUUCAUGGUUGCGCCAAAAUUUUUCACUCAGCCCCUGGCAGCCAACUUUGACAUGAAAAAUCUGCCCUUCGCGGAUCCCUGGGUAAGAACCAGUAUUUCUCUUUCACGACUGUGGGCUCCUGUCCCCCUCUGUUUCCCUGUACAGACUGGUCGGAUUGUCCAGGGCCCCCUCCGGACCCCUACCACUACGCCCGCACAUGCGCAAAAGGAGCUGCACCAUAGAUGCACAAAAGGAGCUGCCCACACAUGCACAAAAAGCUGCGCACAACGCACUUCGGAUCGUAUUAGAAGCAAGAAAUCUCGUUUGCAAACGACUUCUUCUCCAAGAAAUCAGACCCUUUUGUAG